AUGGGUAUUAAUGCGAAGACUAUUCAAGAUUUUGUAAGGGGGCUUAUCACAUUUUCCAUGGAUGCUUGCCGUAAAUGUGUAGAAAAACACCCUGUUGUUUUUGGUGUUGUGUUAGGAUUCUUCCUUCUCUUUUCUCUAAUUCCUUCUCUUUUCUACUUUCUGUUAUACACUUCUCCAGUUGUUUUCUGCAUUGUUGUUUCUAUCAAAAUUUAUUCGAAAACCCAAAAUUGCAAACUCCAACAUGUUAAUGUCAAAAGGGUUGAAGAGAAAUCAUUUGUAGAAUCCAAAUCUCCUGAGACUCCUCCUCAUGUUGUCAGUAGAAAUGGGGACAAGACGAUGAUACAUAGUCGAAGAAGAAAUUUCAAAGACAAGAAUAGAGAAUGUGAUGCAGAAGCUGGUGAUAAGGAGCGAAAAAGCAGAAAUCAUAUCGAGGAUUUAAUUGCUGAAGACCAGAAACUAGUCAUGGAGGGGAGAGAACUUUACAACCAAAAUGCAGCUACGGCUGAAAUUAUCCAAGCACCAGAAGACUUGUCUAAUGAAACCAGCUUGAUUGAGGAGAAAGAAAGUAGUUGUUUGGAUCGCGGAGAAAGUUCAAUGAUUGAUCUAACAGACAAAGAAUUGUUUAACCAGUCUGAAAAUAUUGGUAUUGGUGGUGGCGAGUUGGAGGUGCAAAGCUCAUCAGCCUCAUCUGAUGAUGCAGAAGAUGAAGCAGCAGCACAACAGGAGACGAAUAAAGCUGUGGAAUGGACAGCAGAUGAUCAACAGAAUCUUAUGGAUCUUGGAGAUUCAGAGAUAGAAAGAAACAGAAGACUGGAAAGUCUUAUUGCAAGAAGAAGAGCGAGGAAAUUAUUCAGGAUGGCGCUUGAGAAAAGAGCUCUAGAUCCAGGUUGUGGUUCUCAAGCUCAUAUUCCUCCAAUUUCUAUAUUGAGAAGCACCGUUCUGAAUGGCCCUGGCGAUGAAUCUUUUGAAGGUCUUCAUACACCAGGCUCGGCACCUUCUGUGCUGCCAUCAAGAAAUCCGUUUGACAUUCCCUAUGAUCCAUCAGAAGAGAAACCAAAUCUCAUGUCGGACAGUUUCCAGCAAGAAUUCUCACCAGCUCACCAGAACGAUAUGUUCUUUCCCAAAUAUGAGGGCUUGUGCUAUGGACCUUCUUUCUCAGUGGAACCCCAGAAGGACCAUAACAAUUCAAAGUUCUUUUUAUACACCUAUGAGAAGAAGCCUGAAGAAAAACCGAGAUUCUCCAGGUUCAGAACCUUUUCAGAUAUCAGUGCUCAUGACCAGCUAAUUGAUAACUACUUGUGCCAAGGUCAAGCCUUGUUCCGGAUGUCAAACGCAACAAAUCCUGCGGAUAAUGGUAGCCAGGCUUCCAAAAUAACAAAAAAGGCACAGGAAAUCAAAGAAGGUAACAGAGAACCUAGCAAUGGCGUAAGAGGGAUCAAAGAAAAGACGGCACCUGAUGAAGUCAGUGAAUUUAGUUUCCAUGGAAACCCUCCUACACUUCCAGAAAUUUUAGAACCACAAACGGGUAAUUUUCCUCAAAAGCUCAGUGAUUGUGUCCAAAACUCUCUCACCUUUUCAACUCCUGAAAACAUAGCUUAUAGUGGAACUGCAUAUGAUUCCGGUCCAUCAGCAGUUGACAAGCCGAAAAUGGAAAACCGUUUCUUUUUACGGGAUAAGAUGCCUUGUCAUAGUCCUGUCUGUUCCAUAGCUUCUGAUUUGCAGGUGGAGGUCUCAGAACCAGGCUCCCCUACUUUGCCAAUAGAUAGCGCCAUGUCUGAAAUAGAAUCCUCAUAUGAUGAAGACAUGGAAAAGGAGACGGCAUAUGGCAGUGAAGAUGAAUCGAGAUCAAGAGAACUUUCAGAUGCAUUGCCACCUAAAAUUCCACAAAAACAUGUGCACCCAAUAAAAGAUUCAGUGGUUCACCAGCCAGAUGGAGUUCAUUACGAGAAGCCACAGGAAUUAUCUAACCCUCCUGAGAAGUCAGCAACAGAAGUGAAUGCUGUCUGUAAUGCCGAUGAUCAAGUAGUCCAUCUGAAGAAUGAUCACCCAUCAACUAGUAGCAGUACCGGAUUAUCAGAGGAACUAUCUGUUGAAGUUGUUGAAGGUAAAUCAGAACCAGUGAUCAGUCCUGUGGCUACUGUAAAAUCAAAAGAUGCUGAAGAAACUGAUAAAGGAUUUGUUCGUCAUAUUGAAGGAAAAUCUCGAACUGUGCCUGAAUGCAGAGCAGGCAUUAGCUCAUUAGAACCAGAAGAGAAAAUUGCAAAUUCUGAUUUCCCUGGAGCUAAAGUUAAAGAAGAGGAAACCUCAAAUUGUUCAGAAAAACCCACCACAGAAGCCAACAACAUCAGUGAUCCACCAGUUACUAAGAAAGAAGAUAAGGAAGAGUUGACAGCUGCUGAAACUGCUUUACAAGAGAAGUCUACAGACUCAGUUAAGGCUAUAGCUGAAGGUGAUACAAGGUACAAUAUGAAAGAAACAGAAACAGAAGCCAACGACAGCAUGAGCAACAAUAAUAAAGAGAAUUUCUUAGACCAACUGCAAACAAGCAAGAUUAGGACUCAAUUUGAUAUCUUACAGAAUGCCAAUGAAACUGUAGGCAAUGAGGUGAGCAGCAUGAACAGCUUGAUUGAUCAAGAACAAAUUGCAGGACAACCAAAUCCAGUUAAGCCUCCAACAGAAGUUGAUGUGAUGCACAACAUGAGUGAAACGCUUCAAAAUGAAAUGAAUAAAAAGAAAAGCUUGACUGAUCAAGAGCAUGUUUCAGACCAACCAAAUCCAGCUAAGGCUACAGCUGAGGUUAGUCACCGAGAUGACCAACAAUAAAAGCUUGAUUAAUCAAGGGAUUGUUCAGACCAACCAAUGUCAAAGCCAAUAGAAUCUGAUGUCAAGGUUCCAAACAAAGUAACAGAUACAACAAUACACAUUGGUUUGGCAGUUGAAGAGAAAUUCAUAUUUAGUUCACAGCAUCCAGAGUUGAAUGUUCUGUUAGGCAUUGUAAUGUAGAAGAGGUUUUUCCUUGUUUCCUUUCCUUUCAAUUCAAUUAACAAUAUGGAAAAAUUGGGGAUUCCUCAGUUUUAGUUUCUUAAUUGUUACCAUUAGCUCUUUUAGGCAUCAA